GGUUAUAGAUAACCCGGCCCAUACAUUCAGCCCAAAGAAAAACCCUAAGAAAGAGAACAUAAACCAGAAAAUCCCCUAAACACAAAUCGCCGUGAAUUGCUUCCAUCUUCCCCUAGCAGCUGAGAACAGAGCAGAACACCAGCCGCAUUUCACAAGUAACAGGGGAGACAACAUGGCUUACGCUGCACCAAAACCCACUAAGCCCGGUUUGGAAGAAUCCCAAGAGCAGAUCCAUAAGAUUAGGAUCACUCUCUCUUCCAAACACGUCCAGAAUCUCGAAAAGGUUUGCAGUGACUUGGUUCGUGGUGCUAAGGACAAGCGCCUUAGGGUGAAGGGACCAGUGAGGAUGCCAACAAAGGUCCUUCACAUUACCACCAGGAAGUCACCCUGUGGAGAAGGUACAAACACAUGGGACAGGUUUGAGUUGCGUGUGCACAAGAGAGUCAUUGACCUCUACAGUUCACCUGAUGUGGUCAAGCAGAUUACCUCAAUCACCAUUGAACCUGGUGUCGAAGUUGAGGUUACCAUUGCCGAUGCUUGAUUUUGGCAUUGAAGUUUUUUGUUUAAUGCAUUCUAGUUUUAUAUGUAAUUUAGCCUCGUGGCUAAGCAUGUAUCAUGUUGAAAAUUUUGAAGUUGAUUAUUUAUGUUAGGUGCUCGACUUCUAAUUUC